UCAGCAGCAGGUUGAGAACAGAUACACACACACGGUGAAAGCAAGCAGAGGAGAGGUAAAAAAAAAAGAAAAGAAAGAAGGACAGACAGACAGACAGGCAUAACACUGCUUCAAUAAGACUACUGAAGGAACUUCAUACACAUUAUUUAACAAGAGAAAGAAACAAUGCUACCAGGAGGCAGAUCAUUGCUCUGGUGCAUUUUAUAUUACGUAACGGCUGUAAGGGCUUUUGCACGCAUGUCUAAUGCGGUAGAGCUGCGCUCUGCAUUUUCGGUUGCCCGCACCACCAGCAUGGAGGGUGGACCAAAGAUGGUCGUCACAUUUGACAAGAUCUACGUCAACAUAGGCGCCGACUUUGAACCGAAAACGGGCUUGUUUCGCUGCCGCAUCCCCGGAGCCUAUUACUUUUCUUUUACCGUGGGGAAGUUUCCACACAAAGACCUGUCUGUCAUGCUAAUGAAAAACCGGAAUGAGGUGCAGGCGAUAAUCUAUGACGAGAACGAGAGCAAUGAGCGGAAAGUCCAGAGCCAAAGCACCAUGCUGCAGCUGGACUUUGGUGACACGGUCUGGCUGCGGCUUCACGGCGACCCACGCUACGCCAUCUACAGCAACACUGGGCACUACACUACGUUCAGUGGAUACCUGAUCUACCCGGAUAUCUACACCUUUCAAGAGGUACACAAUGAGCCGAUUAAGGAAAAUCAGGCGACGAUAUUAAGCAACAACACUCCACUGGAGGUAAGCACAGAGAGGAGUGUCAGUGAUGAAAAGCUAGAGAAAGAUAACAGGAGAGAUGCUGAGGAGGAGGAGGACCAGAGGUGUGCUUUUUCAGUAGGUCGCACAGAGAGCAUUUUAGGUAUAGACAAAGGUUACCCAGAGCACAAGCCAAUGACAUUUGACAGUGAACUCGUCAACAUUGGAAACGACUUCAACUUGACCUCGGGCUUAUUCCUGUGUCGGGUACCAGGUGCUUACUACUUCUCAUUCAACGCCGGUAAGCUACCACACAAGACCCUUUCGGUGAAGCUGAUGAAAAACCAUCUAGAGGUGCAGGCCAUGAUAUAUGACGACAGCGACACGGAGAAGGCCUUGCAAAGUCAGAGCUUGAUGCUGUCGCUACAGAAAGGAGACACGAUCUGGCUCUACAGUCACCAAAGAGAUGGUUUUGGGGCGUACAGCAAUCAUGCCAAGUACAUCACCUUUACUGGAUUCUUGGUGUAUCCAGAACUUCCUCAAAACAACUCGGCUAAGGAGCAGAAGAAUGACUAAACCAAGACUAAUCCAAUCAGGGCUGAGUUAAUUUUCUGCGAGGCCACAACCAAAAAAAAAAACAUCCUUCCUUUUUGUCAGCUCUUGUGAACUUAUGCAGGGAGACCUGAGCCUGUGAUCUUUGGUCCUAUUCUGACCUAUGAGCACAAAAUACAUUUAGGGCCAAAACAUAGUCACAGGUCUCCUAUAAGAGAAAGUGUCCAAAGGUUCUGAUUUUCUAUUCUUUCAGCGUGCCGAAAAUUUCGAGAUGUUACCAAUUAGAACUAGUAUUACCAGAACUAGUAUCCGUAGUUUAGUACAAAACAGACUAAAACAGUAAGUGCAGAACCCAGGAUUUCAGUGAGCACUAUAUGGCAUAAAAGAGCACCAGAAAAUAUGAAUAUAUGUGCAAAAGUUGGUUGAUUGCAUGCAACGUAUUGCUUGGAGUGUUCGAUUUGCAUGUGUAUGUUCUUAUCAACCAUAACAU